AUGUCAGAGAAUCUAAAGAGAGCAGAAAGUUUAUUUAAUAGAAUUAUGAAUCAAACUAAUGAUUCCGCUUCUGUAUUGAAUAAAACUCCGCCUCAAAAAUUAAAUAUCGAAAAAACCAUUGAAAAUACAUUAAUCCAAGUUAAAAAAACCGAUCAUGUAUUACCUUAUUGUUGGACAAUAUGGUAUCAUUCCAGAAAUAAAAAGCCAAAAGAAGAAGAAGAUAGUAAUAAUAUAGUUGAUUCAUAUUUACAAACUACUACGGAAUUAAAUUUUAUAGAUUUUAAUGGAAACAAUUUGAAAAAUUUUGCAUCAUUAGAACAAUUAUUAUUAAUAUUAUCAAAUAUUAAAAAAACAUUUGAUUUAUCAAUCGGUACUGAAUUUUUAAUUUUUAAAACAGGUAUAAAUCCAGUUUGGGAAGAUCCAAUUAAUGCAAAAGGUGGAAGAUGGAUUUUUAGAUUUAAUAGAAAUUCUGUUGAAGAUCCAAUACAAUCGAGAAAAAGAGUUUGUAUUAUUUGGGAAAGAUUAGUUUUAAAAACUUUAACAGGUUCAUUAAUACCAGAUAUUUAUUCAUCAGAUAUACAGAGUUUACUAAAUACAGAUAUAUGUGGACUUGUUUUAUCGAUUCGUAAAGAUGAAGAUAUACUUAGUAUUUGGAAUGCAAAUAUUCCAAGUAGUAAAAAAACUGCCAAUAUUAAAUCACGUAGAAUAUUGGUAGAUUCUAUAUUAAGAAUUAUAAGAGAAGCCGAUGCUAUAUUGCUGGGUGAUGAAUCAAUAGUUUAUACUGAUAAUGGGUCAACUCAAAGAGUUAAAAAUGUUUCAUUUGAAUAUAGAAUUCAUAGUGAUAAUGAAAAUACAUCGAGUCAUCAUCAUAAUAGAAAAUGUGUUAAUAAGUAUAGGAAUAAUAAUAAUCAUAUAAAAACAGAAUCAAUUAAAGAAAGUAAAUAG